GUUCUCACUCACUCUCUGCCCUGCACUAGUUCACCGCUUUCACUCCCACCGACUCCACCGCCUCGGCUUGAAGUUGGCCGCUCUCCGCCUGCUCCUCCUCGGCUGGAGAGGAAAGCAAUUAAAAGCCAAAAAAAAAAAAAAAAAAGAAAGAAAGAAAGAAAAGGAUUUUUGCCCGGGCUGCGCCGCGACGGAGCGUCGACAGGAAGGCAGGCGGUUAGUGCAGAAAGCAGGCAUCAUGUCCACCCCCACAAACCCAGAGGUGAAGGAGCUGAACCCUGUCGACUUCAUCCAGCUUCAGCAGUAUAUUGAAUACUGCAGCUUGAAGGUGAAAGACGUGCUGAGGGAAUUCGAUAAAGACGGCCGGCUGGCCCAGCACAGACACGGAGAGUGCAUCAACGAGGAAGGCUUUCGCCAGUUCCUAAAGACCUACUUGGAAGUGGACUUCCCUCCAGACCUCUGCCAGCGGCUUUUCCGCUCCUUCCAGAACUCUGAACCCGCCCAGGAAGGCGGCACCAAGGAGGUCUUCCUCAAGGAUGUGUCGUGUUACUUCUCCCUGCUGGAAGACGGCCAACCCAGGGACAAACUAGAGUUCGCUUUCAGGCUUUAUGACAGAGAUGGAAACGGAGUCCUCGACAGCUCUGAAGUAGAUCGGAUCAUCGCUCAAAUGAUGCACGCCGCCGAAUAUCUCGACUGGGACGUGUCCGAGCUCAAACCGGUACUGAAGGACAUGAUGACAGCGAUUGAUGCCGACUCCAGCGGCACGGUGUCUCUGGACGAGUGGGUGGAAGGAGGCAUGAACAACGUUCCUCUGCUCGUCUUGCUGGGCCUGAAGAUGACCCAAAAAGACGGGCAGCACCUUUGGAGGAUGAAGAACUUUAACAAGCCUGUUUACUGCAACGUGUGUCAAAGCAUGCUGCUGGGUUUGAGGAAACAAGGCCUGUGCUGCACCUCCUGCAAAUAUACGGUUCAUGGGCGGUGUGCUAACAAGAACCCCGCUCCCUGUGCCAGGACGUAUGUGAAGUCAAAGAAAGAGACGGGGGUUCCAGUGCAUGACUGGGUGAGUGGGAACUGUGAUUCAAGAAAGUGUGAUAGAUGCCAAAAGAAGAUCAAGAGCUUCCAAGGUUUAACAGGGAAACACUGUGUGUGGUGCCACACGAUGCGUCAUGAUGAAUGUGCAGCCCUGGAGCCAACGGAGUGUACCUGUGGGACGCUCAGAGACCACAUCCUGCCUCCAUGGGCUAUAUAUCCUGUUAUAAAGGAGAGACCAAACAACAUGAAAAACGGCUGCUCGGGGUCAACAGAUGACAGCGACCUCAAUGUCACUCCUGACGGACAAGUGCUUCAGAUCAGCCCUGUGCCAAAAACUCAUCCUCUUCUGGUGUUUGUCAACCCUAAAAGUGGCGGCAAGCAGGGAGAAAGAGUCCUGCGUAAAUUUCAGUAUUUACUGAAUCCAAGGCAGGUGUACAACCUUUCGAAUGGCGGCCCUGGAGUGGGACUGAGUUUCUUCAGAGACCUGCAGGACUACAGGAUCUUGGUGUGCGGUGGAGACGGCACGGUCGGGUGGAUUCUAGACGCAAUAGACAAAGCCAAUCUGCUGGUGCGGCCUCCCGUUGCCGUGCUUCCUCUGGGCACAGGAAACGACCUUGCGCGAUGUCUGCGUUGGGGCGGAGGAUAUGAGGGCGAAGAUCUGGCUCGCAUUCUUAAAGACAUCGAGUGCAGCUCCCAGGUGCUGAUGGACCGCUGGAGUGUGCAGGUUAUACCAGACGAGGUUCAGGAGAAGGGCGAUCCUGUGCCGUACGAAAUCAUCAACAACUACUUCUCAAUUGGAGUUGAUGCCUCUAUUGCACACAGGUUUCACACAAUGAGGGAGAAGCAUCCUCAGAAAUUCAACAGCAGAAUGAAGAACAAGCUGUGGUAUUUUGAAUUCGCCACUUCAGAAACCAUCUCUGCUUCCUGCAAGAAACUCAGCGAAAGCUUAACGAUAGAGUGCUGUGGCACGCCCCUAGACCUCAGUGGCAUAUCCCUGGAGGGGAUUGCUGUCCUAAACAUUCCCAGUAUGCACGGUGGCUCCAACCUAUGGGGUGAAACCAAAAAAGCGGAUCCUAAAGGGCAAGCGACUCAGGAGGAGCCUGAAGUGAUUGUCGAACCGGAGAUCCUGAAAGUGACUUCCCAAGACCUCAGUGACCGCCGGCUGGAGGUGGUUGGCCUUGAAGGAGCCAUGGAAAUGGGACAGAUCUACACUGGGCUGAAAAGCGCCGUGAGGCUCGCUAAAACCUCGCAGAUCACCAUCAGGACAAAGAAGGCAUUGCCAAUGCAAAUAGAUGGAGAGCCAUGGAUGCAGCCCCCCUGCACGAUUCAUAUCACACACAAGAAUCAAGCGUGUAUGUUGAUGGCUCCACCAACCAAACCAUCAGGUUUCUUCAAAUAAAGCUGACCGUCUCAAUGCAUGUUUCUCAGAUAUUCAGGACUGACACUUUUUGAUAUAGAAUCAUAGUAUGAUCUAGUAUAUUUGCAUUAUAAGAAAGAAAAGAUGACCCCUCCCCCCAACAUCUAGUCUCCGUCACGCAUAUUUCAAGCAUGGCAUCAUAUGAAUGCAGACAGAAUGGUAAGCUAUGUUUGCUUUGUGGCCAAAAGGAUUUUGACCAAAUGAUCUCAGUGUUUUAGUAAUACUUUCCCCUCCUGCUGUUUCGAAGCUUGACAGUAGGUGGAAGUGCUGCUCUUUAGAAACCUUAAUCGAGGUUUAAGUGGCUACGGUUUUAAAUAGGACAACCUUUUGGCUUCAUGUGCCUUUACAAUCUGUUCUUCUCGGUUAUGAUUAGAUAGAGGACAGAGUUCUGGGUAUAUUUGCACUUGGAGCAUUGACCACGUAGUAUUCCUGUUUUAUUCUGGCUGUAAAUAUGCUCUGAAAGCCAAAUGUAUGUCAAACUCAUUUCAGAAACUACGGUGCGAAAAGAAGCACCUUCAUUUGAAAUUCAGGUUGGAGAUAUUUUAACUUUUUGUUUAUUCAUUUCAAAAGAUACUUGAAAGUGUUUGGGGGAACAGAAAAGCAAGCUGUUCCUCUCUGUAUUUUUUCCCAAGUUUUUCUUUCUUUGUGUGGACCAAAUCUGGUGUGUCUGGGUUUGAUUAAGAGCAGAUAGUUACUCUUAUAGGAACAUAAUAUCAAUACAUGUUCUUCUCUGAAUGUGUCAUGAGUUAGACAAUUGAUUGGGGCUAUUUAUUGAACUAUAUGUAGUCUUUAUUUAAUGCUUUAUUGGCUGUACCAUUUCAAUAUAUCAAGAGAAUGUAAAAGUAAUAACUUCAUGUAAAGAUUUUAAUAAAUUGUCUGGGCUUCA